UUUAACAAAUCAGAUCGUUCAAACUGAUAAACUCAAAAUAUUCCCCAAAGUAGAAAAGGGCGAACAAGUGAUUGAACAAGGCUCAACCCUAACACUCACUUGCAUCAAAGAAUUGUCGGAUAAUUUAAUCGAGCUGAGAUGGACACUUCCCAAAUUCCAAACCUCUCUUCCUGCGAUAUUUUGACACGGACGACUCAAAAAAAUUACUUUAAGGAAUGAAACGCACCUCGUCUCGACAAUGACUUUAACCAACACCACUAGAGACGACACGGGCUUUUACAAUUGCAGCGGAAACUGGGAACAAGAAGAUCGAUACGUUUACGUUUCUAGUACCGAAAAUCUUUCAUUGAUGAGAAACCAAAAUUACAUUUUUCCGCGUUUCAAUUUAACCGCCACAACAAGAGAUUCGAUUUCUAUCCAUUUCAUUACAACCCAUCCCAACGUCACCAUCUCCAUCUUCAAGCAAACGAGAGAAAUAGGCGUCGAACCACAAAAGGCAUUCCGCAAGAUAUUUGAUUCCUCAUCUCCAACUGUAAAUUCGAGAUGGUCAUUCCAUCCCAGAAAUGGACUGACGAUAAAGAAUUCAACCGUUUCUGACUCGUCAAUUUAUUAUGUCGUUAGUUACUUGCGCUUCGUUAACGGUAAACGAGUAGAUAUAAAACACGAAAAAACUACAGACGAAUUUCUGAGCUGGAUCAUCCCACCGGAUGAACUCAAUUAUUCUUCCGUAAUGCAAUUUUCGUUAAUUGUAGAAGGAAUGGAAGUAGAGGGAGCACCUGACGAUCCAGUGGAAGGAUCAAACGUCACUUUGAUUUGCACAACUUCCGCGUAUUUUCACAACGGUCCACCAUCGUGGUUCUAUUACGACAACGGCCAUCAUCACCAAGUGACACUUAAAACAGAUGUUCAAAUAAAAACGGAAAGAGAAUGGAAAGAUUUACUUUUCUACAAGAGCCAACUGUACCUUACUAACGUCACCCUAAAAGGCCCCUACAAAAAAUUGAAAUGCGGGUACGAUACUGAAAAUUCAACCGUAAAAGAAAUCUCCUUCACCAUUAAAGAAAUCAACAACGACCCAGUGAAUAAUUCAAUCAACCUAGAAAAAGGAAUCGCCCAAAUUUUGUCCUGCAACCGAUUAUCCCAACAUGUUCCUAUUCAUUGGCUCAAGGACGGCAACCAAUUCUCUGGCACAGUGACGAGACAGAAACCUGGUCAACUCUGCCACUAAAAGGAAAAUCAAAGGAAGCUGGAAUCUACGAAUGCCAAUGGAAAAACGGCAGAAGAGAGGCCAGACACAGAAACUUCAACGUCACUGUCACUUUCGUUGAAGAAGAAACAAAUGCCAUGAUUCUGUCGGUAACUUUCAUCGGAUUACUUGCAGUCGGAGUGGGAAUCGGAAUUAAACUUUACUUCGACAAAACAAAAGCGGAAAACCAAGUUGAAAAAAUCCUGAAUGGAGAUCCGGGUGAAAUCGACCCGAAUAUUCUGAUUAAAACGGAAUUCCUGCACUACGACCAAAUAGUGGAAUUUACGAAGAAACGUCUCAGACUCGUUUUGUUGUUCCUCGAUAUUUGAUGCAUUUAAAACAAAAUAAUUUGAAAUUCAUCUGCUGGUAUUAACAGAAGACAAGCAUGUAACUCGAAAAGGAUUUUGAAUAACCCCGUCUGUUAUUUCCAAAAAGGAAGCGUUGCCAUUAAAAACUAAUGUGGCC